CUGGAAAGUGGAAACUGGAAAUAUUGCCAAAGGCCGCAGCAAACGGGAAGAAAGAGUGACGAGUUAGCGUUGCGACACUUGUGAAGGGCAGCCGUGAGGACGAGAUGAUUGAUCUGUUUCGGUGAUGCUACUCCCCGGGGCGCGCUGGCUGCGCUGGCGCUGCGGCGCGGAGGCGCGCGCGGCGCUGGCGGUGGGCUUGCUGUGCGCGGCGUGGUUCUCGUGCUCGGCGCUGGGCAACGUCGUGGGCAAGCUGCUGCUGACGGAGUUCCCGCGGCCGCUGACGGUGGCCAUGGCGCAGCUGGCGUGCACGGCGCUGUGCUCGGCGCCGGUGGUGCUGCGCGAGCGCGCGCCGCCGCUGCGCCCGCUGCUGCGCGCGCUGCUGCCGCUGGCGCUCGCCAAGUUCCUCACGACGCUCUGCUCCCAGGUCUCCAUAUGGAAGGUGCCGGUGUCCUACGCGCAUACAGUGAAAGCGACGACGCCGCUGUGGACGGCGGGGCUGGCGUGGCUGCUGUUCGGCGAGCGGCAGCCGCGCGGCGUGGCCGCGUCGCUCGUGCUCGUCGCCGCGGGCGUGGCGCUCGCCUCCGCCACAGAGAUGCACUUCGACGCCGCCGGCCUCUUCUCCGCCCUCGCCGCCGCCGCCUUACUCUCCUUACAACACUUAUACUCUAAGCGACUCCUAGCCAGAGCUGGCUGGUCGCCCUUAAGAGUCUUAGCAGCCUUAAGCGCGCUAGCCGCUCUUAUGUUUUUCCCCGUUUGGGCGUGGAGCGACGGAACCGCCUUACUAACCGAACCGAUGUCCCCGCGCUCAAUGGGCUUACUCCUCCUAGAUGGAAUUUUAGCGUGGUUACAAGCGGCGGCCGCUUUUAGUGUACUAUCCCAUGUGACACCUUUAACAUACGCCGUGUUAUCCUGUGGCAAACGGGUCUUAGUUGUAGGCGCAUCUUUGUUUUUGCUACGGAACCCGGCGCCGCCUCUGAACAUAGCGGGUAUGGCGCUGGCGGCAUUGGCCGUGUUGCAGUAUAAUCGAGCGAAACUCAAUGCGCGGAAGGAAGGCGGCAGGCCGCUGUUGCCGGUAUGAUGAAGUAGCUAAUUUAUUUAGUUGAAUUUUUAUUUUUAAGUUUGCGAGGAUAGAGUUGCUAUUUUAGCUGUAUUUUUGUACAUGUGGAGUUUUACCACUUUUGCUGUUAAUAGUAUCGUGAUAUUUUAGUUUUUUAUCUUAUAUCGUAAAAAUAACACAAGAUCGUAACGCGAAAUAAAGAGUUCGCAUCCAUAAUUAAUCUUAACUGAAAGACCUUCUAUUAUAUUAUGUUUAAUGAAAAAUAUUGUUCAACUGAAAUCUCAAUAUUAAAACUAAUGUUUUACGUUCGAAGACGAUAUAGCCAACCUGUACCACUAUACAUCAUUCGCCACCAGGUCUACCUGAACGGCCGGAGUGCGCAAAAACAUCUGCACACGCCUUAUCUCCUCGACAAUAGAGGCGUGUCCAGAUAUUUGUGGCCACCUUGGCCGCUCCUAUAUUUCUGAUGGCGACUGUACAGUUGGACCAAGCCAUUUUGAUCUUACGCUCAUCAGAAUGCUCAUGAAAUUCUGCUAAAGUGUGCAACUGUAAAUAACAAAAUGAUAGCUAGAAGCUUUAGAAUUUUAAUAUUUGAAUUAAUUUAGAAUUAAUCAUUGCUCCUAUAUUUUUAUAAAUAAAUACAUAACACUGUUUUUUAUUGUUUUAAAUGAUGAGUUAAUAUUUAUUAAUUAUGUAUGAAUUGAUAUUGUUUGAUUUAUUUAAUGACAUAUUAUGUAUGAAAUAUUGAAUUUACUGAGUUUCUCUAUAAAUAGAUAUUGUGAACUUCCAGUAUUUUAAAAC